UCGCUAGUGUCUGCAUUUUGUUUGAGAGUGCGUGGUUUGUGUCAAUUGAUAAAUUUAUAUUUUUGAUUAGGUAAAUCAGUUAGAAAGUACAAACUUUGCUGCCUGUUUUGGAAGAUAAAAUCUCGAAGAUGUCACUUUGCUGUGCUAUUAGUAAUGAAGUACCUGAGCAGCCAGUUAUUUCGCCUGUCUCUGGCAGUAUAUUUGAGAAAAGACUUAUCCUAAAAUACAUCACCGAAAAUGGCUCUGACCCUAUUAGUGGGAGAGAGCUUACAGAGGACAUGCUGAUUGAAGUGCGGACUCCACCUGUUGUUAAACCAAGACCACCUUCAGCUACCAGUAUUCCUGCAAUCUUAAAAACCUUGCAAGAUGAGUGGGAUGCUGUUAUGUUGCACAGUUUCACCUUACGGCAACAACUUCAGACUGCUCGACAGGAAUUGUCUCAUGCUCUUUACCAACAUGAUGCUGCUUGCCGUGUAAUUGCAAGACUAACAAAGGAGGUAACUGCUGCAAGAGAAGCUUUGGCUACUCUGAAACCUCAGGCUGGCAUUGCUGCAGCUCCUCCUGGUGUACAACAACCUCAAUAUGGAGCAGAAGCAGGAGGAUUGGCUGAGCAACCCACUGAGGAAGCAGGCAUGACCCCAGAAGUCAUCCAAAAGCUUCAAGACAAGGCCACUUUGUUGACAACAGAAAGGAAAAAGAGGGGAAAAACUGUUCCUGAGGAGUUGGCUAAAGCUGAGGAUGUUCGAGCUUACAAAACCUUAGCAUCUCAUCCUGGUCUGCACAGUGCUAGUAUUCCUGGAAUUCUUGCAAUGGAUGUAUGUCCAACUGACACUAGUAAGAUUCUGACUGGAGGAAAUGACAAGAAUGCCACAAUUUUCAACAAGGAUACAGAACAGAUCAUUGCUAUUUUGAAGGGUCACACUCGAAAAGUAACCUCAGUAAUUUAUCACCCUGAAGAGGAGACAGUUAUCACCACCUCUCCUGAUGCAAGUAUUCGUGUCUGGCAUGUUCCAACCUCUCAGACGGUCCAGAUGAUACGUGCACACGAGGGCCCUGUGACAGGUUUGAGUCUUCAUGCCACUGGUGACUAUUUGCUGAGUACCUCCACGGAUGAACACUGGGCCUUCUCUGACCUUAGGACAGGGCGGGUGCUUACUAAAGUUGGAGACACCACUACGCCACAUGCUUUAACAUCAGCACAGUUUCACCCUGAUGGCUUGAUCUUUGGCACUGGCACUUCGGAUUCAUUGAUCAAGAUCUGGGAUUUGAAGGAACGAACUAAUGUAGCUAAUUUCCCAGGACACUCUGGUCCAAUUUCUGCCAUCUCUUUCUCGGAAAAUGGGUAUUAUUUAGCUACAUCAGCUGAUGAUUCUGUUGUAAAACUGUGGGAUUUGAGAAAGUUGAAGAACUUUAAAACUAUUACACUUGAUGAGGGCUAUGAGGUUAAAGACUUGUGCUUUGAUCAGAGUGGAACUUACUUGGCCAUAGCGGGAAGUGACAUUAGACUUUAUCUUUGCAAGCAGUGGGACAACUUGAAAAUCUUCAGUGACCACACAGCCCUUGCUACAGGGGUUAGGUUUGGACGCCAUGCCCACUUCAUUGCUUCUGUCAGCAUGGAUCGUACACUGAAAGUUUAUGGGGUUUAAUAUCACACCAUGUUCUUUCUCAGUUAUGUUUGACAGAGUAACCUUUACUUUCCAAGCUGAUUCACUCUGAACAAAACAAAUCAUAAAAAAAUCUGCUUUCAUUGCUGAGCUGUUCCACACCUUCAGUGUAAUUCAAGAUAAACAGAAGCUCAGACCAAUUUAUUAACAGAAAAAAAUGUCAACUUUUUUGUACUUCUCCAAUUUUACAUGUCAGGUUAAACUGUUGUUUAAGAACUGUCUUAUAGCUGAUUAAAACAUGAAAAUAUAUUCGUGGAGAUUACCUGUUAACACCAAUAUUCCUCUUUUUUUAAAUUUAGUUUUAGUAAAAUGGAAGAGUGUUAGGGUUAGAACAAAUACACCAAUGUUUCUUAACUAUAGAAAGAAUAGGUUGUUUUAGAAAAUGAUUUAUUUCAUCAUAGUGGAAAUACAGGAUUUUUGUUUUUUAAUUCAAUACUUUCAUAUUGUUCACUCUUUCUUCAGAAUUCUUGAAUUGAUAAAUAUUCGGUUUUCAAGCCAGUUACAGGUAGUUAACUUUCUAAUCUAGUAUAGAAAUUUUAAUGUGUUUUUUCUUUUCUGUCAUAAAAUGAGGUUCCCCAAGUUUCUAUGGAAAAAUAUGUUUAAUCAUAUGCAUAAGUACGUUUUUUAACUUACCCAAGAUACCCACCUUUUUUAGCAUAGUUAUGUCCAUUGUGUUAAUAAAUACAUCAUUCUGAAGGUUUGUUGAAGAAUAGACUAGAUUAGAAAACAGUUUUUAAAUUCAGAAACUAGGAACACUUAAAUGUAAGGUGGUUUAUUUUGUGUGUAACCUUUCAGCUGCUUGUUUAUUAAGAAGGCUAGUUUGCAAGGUAACUAAGCUUAAUGAAUGUACAGUUAGAACUGCUUUGUAUUUUAAUUUUUGCUUGAUAUUCUGAAAUAUUAAAACUUUUAAGUGUAACAGCAUUAUAGAACAGGAAGCAGUUGAUUUAAAGAGGUGUUUUGGGAAAAAAAAACAACACUGAUAAGUUUUGAGAUUGGUGAUUGUUAUGAAUUCUAACCAAUCUUGAUCUCUUUUACAGAAGUGGAGAUUGAGAAAGAUAUUUUUUUACAAAUCUGACCUCUGUAGAGUGUUGUUUAAAAAUGUGAUUAGUUUCAAUGUCAACCUUCUGGAUAUUGAAAAGUUGUUUUAUAUAAUUUUUUUAACCUGUUAUACUGGCCGACACAACCCUGUGUAUUGAGAAAGAAGAGUAAAAUAUCAUCAUUUGUAUUUGACGUUUAUCCUAUAAAAUAAAGACUUGUUUUGUCAGGUA